AUGGUGGAAGUUGAAGAGAUCAUAGAGGAGCCAAGUGUUGCUUCUGUGGAGUCGUCUCCUGAAAAGACCAAGACGCCAAAACACGUGAACGACGACGGGUUAGACCAUCGGACAUUGUUUGUGCGGGCAAUACCAUCGGAAGCCACCUCGGAUCAACUAUCUGAGUUCUUUUCUCAAUUUGUGCCCGUUAAGCACGCAGUGAUUGUCACCGACGAGAACAAAGCGAGUAGAGGAUUUGGGUUUGUCUCCUUCACUGAAGAUGACGACACGUUGACUGCCUUGGUUGAGUCACGAAAGACCAAAUUCCAGGAUCGGUUCUUGAGGGUGGAUAUCGCCAAGAAGAGGGAGAGGAAAAACAAGGAUCAAGCAGAUGGUGGUGGGAAUGGCGCGUUUCGCGAGCGAACUAAAGCCGAGCCGGUGGAGAAACGAAGAGCAAGAUUGAUCAUCCGGAAUCUACCUUGGAGUUGCAAAAAACCCGACGAGUUGAAGAAGAUAUUCUCAAAGUAUGGAGCUGUUUUCGAUGCAUAUAUACCAAAGAAGAAAGGCGGUCAAAUGUGCGGGUUUGCGUUUGUUGUGAUGAAGAAGUUUGCCGCUGCUGAAAAGGCUGUUAAGGAGGCGCAGGGUUUGAAGAUUGACGGUCGAGAAGUUGCUGUUGAUUUUGCAGUUGAAAAGUCAAAGUGGGAGGAGAUCAAGGAAGAAGAUGGAGAGACACAAGCCGGAGACGUGGAUGUGUCUGAUGGUGGUGAUGACAAUGACGACGAUGAUGAUGGGGACGGCGAAGCCGCCGGUGGAUUAGGUGACGUGGACGCAGAUGAUGACGAAGAUGACGACGAAGAUGAGGAAGAUGAAAAUGAAAACGAAGAUGGGGACUUUGACAAGUUGAACGAAAUCAAUUCUGAUGACGAAGUUGGCUCGGACGAGGAUGUGGAUAUUAAAGUCGACGGUGAUGAUGAUAAUGAAGAGGAAUCUGAAGGGGAAGGAGCAAAAUCAAGAGCCCCCAAAAAUAGACAAGAAGCUUACUCCAUCUUCGUCCGUAACAUUCCCUACGAUGCCGACGAGGAGACCUUAAAAGAGCACUUUGAGUCAUUUGGACCUGUGAAAUAUGCUCUUCCUGUGGUGGACAAACAAACUGGUCUCGCGAGGGGCUCGGCGUUUGUCGCGUUCAAAACUGAAGACGCCUAUCUCGAGUGUCUCGAAAACGCACCUUCGACCUCGGGAGCUGCUUCCAUGUUGAUCGCCGACGACGUGUCACCCCAGUAUGUGUACCAGGGCCGUAUAUUGUCUGUCGCGUCUGCAGUUGACCGACAAUCGGCUAGUCGGCUAUCCGAACGCAAUUCAUUGAAGAGAAAAGAAGAUUUGGGCAAAGCUCCCGGAGAAAAGGAUAAACGAAAUUUGUACUUGUUGAACGAAGGCAGAAUCACGGAAAACUCCAAGUUAGCCCAAUACAUUUCCAAAACCGAUCUCGAGUUGCGAGAAAAGUCCUAUAAAUUGCGUGUUCAGCAAUUGAACAAGAACCCAACUUUGCACUUGUCAUUGACCAGAUUGGCCAUUAGGAAUUUGCCCCGUGCAAUGAACUCAAAAGCGUUGAAAGCGUUGGGAAGGAAAGCAGUGGUGCAGUUUGCAACUGAAGUGAAAGAAGGCAAGCGUCAGCAGUUGUCCAAGGAAGAAGUUUCACGGUCAAUCAAGCUGAAAAAGGAGCUUCAAGAGGAAAUUGAGGAAAAAUCGAAAAACUCCAAGCAUAAAGGUGUCGUGAAACAGGCUAAAGUCAUUAUGGAGGUGAAAGGUUCGGGAGAAUCGGGACGUAGUAGAGGCUAUGGGUUUAUUGAAUUCCGGGACCACAAGGCAGCACUACAGGGCUUGAGGUGGUUGAAUGCUCACGAAGUGUCAAACGAGGAGAUUUUGGAAGGCAUGACUGACGAUGAAAAGAAAGUGGCCAAAUUAGAAGGUCUCAGCAAGAGAAGACUCAUUGUGGAGUUUGCUGUUGAAAAUGCCCAAGUUGUCAAGAGGAGAAGGGAAAAGGAGAUGAUCAGUAGGAAAUCCAACAAGGAUGGCGGUGACAAAGAGCUGAACUCUAGGAAGCGGAAGAGAGAUGAUGAUAAAGAUGGAGAUGGAGAUGAGGUUCAAGAGAAAAAUGGCGGCAAGUCUGCCAAGAAGCAAAAGAGGAAAGGAAGCCUGAAGAAAGGCAAUAUGAACAAGGGAGGCAAACCGAAGGAAGGCCCCGUUUCCAAACCAGUUAAGGAACCAAAGAACAAAUCUGGCCUCUCUGACAAUAUCAAGCUGAUAAUUGGCCAAAAAAGGAAAAGAAGAAAGGGUAAAAAGUGA